AUGACUGCGUCCGUCUUGGUUCAUCGAAAGAAGGUGAACAGGAAUUGUAUCGUGUCCAACAUGUAUGAUGCCCAACUGCUUGUGAAUUUCUACAGAAUUGCAAGGGAGGUUUUAGAAACCGCUGCUCGUGUAAUACGGCCUGGUAUCACAACAGAUGAAAUUGAUCGGGUGGUCCAUGAGGCUACUAUUGCUGCUGGUGGAUAUCCAUCUCCUCUCAACUACCAUUUUUUCCCCAAGUCUUGCUGCACGUCAGUCAAUGAAGUAAUUUGCCAUGGUAUUCCUGAUGCCAGGAAAUUAGAGGAUGGUGAUAUAAUCAAUGUUGAUGUGACUGUGUAUUAUAAAGGCGUCCAUGGUGAUUUAAAUGAAACAUACUUUGUGGGAAAUGUUGAUGAAGAGUCUCAACGGCUAGUCCAAUCUACUUAUGAGAGCAUGGAGAAAGCAAUAUCCAUCAUAAAACCUGGAAUGCGAUUCCGUGAAGUCGGUGAAGUCAUUAAUCGCCAUGUAACAAUGUCGGGAUUCUCUGUGGUGAAAUCAUAUUGUGGUCAUGGUAUUGGGGAGCUUUUUCAUUGUGCACCAAAUAUUCCCCAUUACACAAGAAACAAAGCAGUUGGUGUAAUGAAAGCUGGACAGACUUUUACAAUUGAACCCGUGAUAAAUGCAGGGGUUUGGCGUGAUCGGAUGUGGCCUGAUGGAUGGACAGUUGUUACCGCAGAUGGCAAGCGCAGUGCACAGUUUGAGCACACACUUCUGGUGACAGAGACUGGAGUUGAAGUUCUUACAGCUCGGUUGCCAUCAUCACCCAAAGUGUUCCCUUGGUUAAAUGCUUAAUGACUGCGUCCGUCUUGGUUCAUCGAAAGGGGUGAACAGACAUAAGGAUGUCAUUCAUGGUAAUCAUGCAUUAGUAAGAGGAGAAGAAUAAUCAUUUGAUAAUGUUACUUCCACUGCCUCUUCUGCUGGGUCAAGAUAUCAUGUGUGUAACUUACUGGUUAAUAUAGUUAAAGAAAGUUUUGGUUAAGGAGCAAUAAUUUUUUUUGGUCGUUUUGCAAGAGUUGUAUGAAUCAUUCAUAAACAAUGGUCAUUGUGAAG